AUGUCUCUACCAACUACCAUGAAAGCUGUUGUCAUUGAAGGUAAAGCUCCUGUCAUUAAGACUGUCCCAUUACCAAACCUACCAAAGGGUUACUUAUUAAUUAAACCAAAGGCUGUUGCUGGUAACCCAACCGAUUGGAAACAUAUCGAGUUCGGUAUGGGUCCUCAAGGUUCCCUUGUUGGUUGUGAUAUUGCUGGUGAAAUUGUUCAAUUAGCUGAUGGUGUUGACUCUAAGGAAUUCCAUGUUGGUGAUUACGUUUAUGGUUUCAUCCACGGUGCUUCUGUUAGAACUCCAGACAAUGGUGCUUUUGCUGAAUAUGUUGCCUUAGAUUCUCAAUUGAGUUUCCAUACUCCAGCUGACAUUCAUUUCAGCGGUAAGAAUAAUAUCCCAGAAGGUGCUAUCAACACAUUCGAAGGCGCUGCCACUAUUCCUUGUUCUUGGACCACUGCUGGUGUCACUUUAUUCUAUCAUUUCAAUAAGAAAUACGAAUGGGAAGCUACCAAGCCACAAGAAGAUUCUCCAUUAUUGGUUUGGGGUGCUGCUACUGCUCUUGGUCAACCAAUGAUUCAACUAGCUAAGAAGUACAACUGUUUCUCUAAGAUUAUCGCUGUGGCCUCUAAGAAGCACGAAAAACAAUUAAAGGAAUACGGUGCUGAUGAAAUCUUUGACUAUCACGAUGCUGAUGUAAUCCAACAAAUCAAGGCUAAAUACCCAAACAUUACUACAUUGUUGGACUGUGUCUCUAGUGAAACAACUUUGAACCAAACUUAUCAAUGUGCUUCUGAAACCAGUAAAGCUACUGUUAUGAACUACAUGGGUCUAACUAUUGAUGCAAUCAAGCCAGAAUUCAAGAGAGAGAACGUUGAUGUCACCAGUACCAUUAUUUACUUGUCUCUUGGUUAUGAUGUUCCAUUAUUCGGUAGUGUCAUUCCAAAGGAUGAUGCUUACAGAGCUCACGUUGUCGAAUUCAUCAAACAAAUCAACCCACAUUUCUUAAAGGGAGAAUUCCACCACAUUCCAGUCAAGGUCUAUCAAAAUGGCUUAGAAGGUGCUGUUCAAAUUGUCAAGGAUAUCCAAGCUGGUAAGACCUCUGGUGAAAAGUUUGUCUCAGUCUUCAACUAG